AUGGGGGGUAAUAAUCUAGUCUUCCUGCUGCUGCUCGUGGCCAUCCCAGUCCUGGUUGAUCUGCACCUGUUUGUCGCGCCGUACACCAAGGUCGAGGAGUCGUUUCACAUCCAGGCCAUCCACGACAUCCUGAAAUAUGGCAUUCCGACGGAAAAUAUCUCCAAGGUCCUGGCUCAAUAUGAUCAUUCCGAGUUCCCCGGGGCCGUACCUAGGACGUUCGUCGGCGCUGUUCUCUUGUCCGGGCUCUCGCAGCCGUUUAUAUGGUUGAAUGAGAACAUCGAUCGGCAAACCUGCGCUCGCGCCAUUCUAGGCCUAUUCAACGCCUUGUCGCUGGUAUCAUUCGGACUCGGCGUCCGGAGAGCCUUCGGAAAGACCACAGCGAUCUGGUACCUGCUGUUUCAAGCGAGCCAAUUCCAUGUCCUCUACUAUGCGUCGAGGACUCUGUCCAACAUGUUUGCCUUUGGCAUGUCUACCCUGGCGAUCCGCGCCCUUCUGCCGGAACCCGUACCCGCCGAUGUCUACCGAAGGAGGUGCCGUGUGGCCUUGUUCCUGCUGACCAUCGCCGGUAUUGUCUUCCGGUCCGAGCUGGCUCUCUUCCUGGAUACAAACACAGCCUUCCUCUUUGCUACGGGCCGCAUCCGCAUCGUGCAGGAUAUCCUCCCCGCCGGCGCACUGGGGCUUGCCGUCGGGCUGGUCAUCACCGUGCUCGUGGACUCGUUCUUCUGGCAGCAGCUCCCGCUGUGGCCGGAGCUGGCCGCGUUCAGAUUCAACGUCCUCGCCGGCCAGGCCUCCGCAUGGGGCACCCACCCCUGGCACUUCUACUUCACCAGCGCCAUCCCGCGCCUCCUGCUCAACCCGUUGACCUACCUGGUCGCCAUCCCCUGCGCCCUCCUGCACCCCUCCACGCGCUCCCGCGCCGCCUACAUGCUCGUCCCCUCGCUCGCCUUCGUGGCCAUCUACAGCAUCGUGCCCCACAAGGAAUGGCGCUUCAUCGUCUAUAUCGUUCCAUCCUUGACCGCCGUCUCGGCCCAGGGCGCCUCGUACCUCUGGACCCACCGCACCAAAUCCAUUCUCUGCCGCCUUCUCUCGCUCGCCCUGCUCCUCUCGACCCUGGCCUCCUUCCUCCUCUCUACCUUUGUCCUCCUCCCCGCCUCCUCGGCAAACUACCCCGGCGCACGCGCCCUCAACACCCUCCACAACCGCGCCCACAACUCCCAUCCCGUCAUCUCCGUCUACCUCGGCAACCUCGCCUGCCAAACCGGCGUCACCAGGUUCCUGGAAAUGCCGCCUCCCCCUUCCCCGUUGUCGCACACACAACACCCCCUCGAAAGCACGCCCUCGCUCUGGCACUACGACAAAACCGAAGAUGAGACCGCCAAAUCCCUCCCCUCCUUCUGGGACCAGUUCGACUACCUCCUCGUCGAGCCGGCCGAGGCAUCCUAUGUGCAGGCCCUGCCGGGCCAGUCGGACCGCUGGGCCGAGACGGAGGUGGUCAACGGGUUCGCGGGGGUGAAGGUCCUACGGCCCGGCGACGUGGCGACGGGGCAGCUGGAGGAGCGGGUGCUGGGCGUGGCGCUGGGGCCGGACGGUGCGCGGUCCUGGCGCGAGUUCCGCGAUUAUGCGCGCAAGUAUCUCACGCGCGGGUGGUGGGCUGAGUUGAGGAUGGAGCCGAAGAUUCGGAUUAUGCAGCGUGUCUAG